AUGUGGUCGGCCUCCCCCUCGCCCGAACGCCAGCACAGUCUAGGGAGUUCCCUGGCGUCAUCCUCGAACUCGCUACUCUCUUCCUAUGUUGCUAUUGGCGACCGAGUCCAGAUUUGUGUUGCCGAGCCUCGAUGGGGCUGGGGACAGGUAACACCUCAGAGUAUUGGUAGAGUGACAGGCAAGUACUUCCUGCGUCAGGAUCCUAAAACCCCAGGUUUGAUUUCGAGCAAGACUCCUGCUACUGGCGAGCCAUCCACCAGCCCGCUUGAAGACGCCCAAUGUGUUGUGCAGGUUCGCUUUCCUGAGCAGUCCAAGUGGACUGGGCCAGUGUCGGAGGUUAGGCGGGUUGUUACUUGCGGCGAGCCUAUCCGUCGAUCUUCUUCUUCCUCUUCUUCGUCUACCAGUGCGGAUGAUCAUAAUUCAACUCUCUCAAGCGCAUCAUGGGCAAACCCAUCCAGCAUGUCGGAACAUUGCUCCAUAGCGCAGUAUGCUCAAUCCAAUCCGAAGGAUUCCAUUCCCGCUAUCACAGUGAACGAUGUCUGGAAAAUCCAUGAGCUGACCACCGAAGGUAGUGACUCGCCAUCACCUUCAGCCGACCGACUCUGGGUCUAUGAGACUUUUGCUAGUACGAGAUCAAGUGAACUCCUCUUGGAGGGCUGGCGAGCCGAGCGUGAACUUCUUCUUGGUCUGACCUGCCCAACUAAAGAAUGUUUCACAGAAUUCGCUCGAACUGGCUUCUCCUCCAGGAGCCCCUUUGCCAAGGAGGCUCGCCAACGUCUCUCCAACCGUGUGCGCAAGUGGUUUGGCGAAACGCUAUCCGAUUCUCCCAGUUCACCAACCCAACCACCAGAAGCUACAGACGUCGAGGAGGACUGCUUGCGUACAGACGUUGGAAAUGUUUUCGCUUGGGGUCUAAAUGACAAGGAGCAACUUGGCGGUCCACGCGGCUCAAAGGUCAAGCUGCCCCAAUUCAACACCGCACUCAGUGUCCUCAGGCCUGUGCAAAUAGUUGGCGGUUCCAAGUGUCUCUUUGUUGUCACUGAGGUACUCUCACUACCAUAUACCCUUACUUGGUAA